AUGCCCCAAGCAAAACAAGACGGCAGCAAGAACAAGAUACCGGCUGUGCCUCGACCCAGUUCAAGUGUGAUUCUGGUAUCUCCACAGAAUGAGAUCCUUCUUCUUCACCGUGUACAGACAUCUAGCUCCUUUGCAUCGGCUCAUGUGUUCCCGGGUGGGAACCUUUCGAGCCAGGAUGGACCACUCCCACCAGCUGGAGAGCAUGCCGUGCAUGAGGACUCUCCUGCUUACCGAUGUGGAGCUAUUCGGGAGCUUUUCGAAGAAAGUGGGAUUCUCCUUGCCAAAGACCGGGAUUCUGGAAAGAUGCUGGUCGUUGAUGAAGAGACCCGGGAGCAAGGCAGACGACUUAUUCACCAGAACAAAAUUUCCUUCGCAGACUGGUUGAAGCAGCAGCAUAUUAAUGCCGAGCCAGAUAUUGAUCAAUUGAUCCCAUUCACGCAUUGGAUCACGCCGACCAAUGUUCCGAAGCGUUAUACGACACAAAUGUAUCUCUACUUUAUGCCAUUGCCAAUAAACCUGGAUAAGGAGCUGCUCAAGGAGCUCCCCCGCGAGGGUGAACGGGACGAGAUUCAAGUCCCGACUAGCGAUGGCGGUAUCGAGGUUACAGAGGCGCAAUUCCUCCCAGCUUCGGAGUGGCUUCGUCGCGCAAGAAGCGCAGAGAUCAUUCUCUUCCCACCGCAAUUCUUGCUUCUACAUCUGAUAUCAGGCUUCCUCGACCAGGAACCCCGAUCGAGCGUGCCCGUGGAGGAAUUAGAGACACGCCGAGCGGCAUUGGUCAAGUUCGUACACUCCGGCUCACCAGCUUGGACUGACAAGUUCAUAUCGCCUAAAAUGCUCAAGAUGACCGAAGACGGCCGGGCGGUCCUGGCUCUGGAUGAACCUGGGCCCGAGUUAAAGGGGUCUGGAAAACGUGGUGAGUCGGAUCGGGUUGUCCUUGUGAGGUUUAAAAAGGGUAGUGCGAGAGAGGUCAACGUUGCCUGGAAGAAGGAUGCUCUAAAAGAGGGAAGAGAAGGUCACAGUAAUCUUUAG